AUGUUUUGGCGCGCAUCUUCUUCCGUAGGUCGUCGGUCUCCGGGCGCCCCUCCGUGUAUGCCUUAGCCGAAGCUGCUGAAGAUCCCUCGACGAAGGCCUCCGAUGAUGUCACGCGCCGGGGAAGCAUCAGAUCCAUUUCACGUCAUCCAUGCCAUUGGCUUUCGGACCAGGACAAUUACUUUUCUCUUCGAUUCAUUGAAGUCCUCUUCUCUCCUCACAUACGACAGACCACUCCUCAACCCCAUCCUCGACUUACCUCAAUUCACAACACUUCAUCAUGCCCCCCAAAGGCCUCGCAAUCCUUCUCGGCGCCGGCCCAGCAACUGUUAGUCCCCCCCUCCUCAUACACACCUACUACGAUGCACUCUCAAGUACCUAGACUAACACCAACCACACAGGGUGCCGGCAUAGCCAAAAUCCUCGCGCACCCAUCCCACGGCAACCUGGCCGUCGCCCUCCUCGCGCGCCGCCCAGAAGCACUCAACGACCUCGUCAAGAGCCUGCGCUCCCAAGUGCCCGGCGGCGUCUUCGAGUCCUUCGCCACCGACACCUCGCCCGACAAGCUGCGCUCCGCCUUUGCAGCCAUCAAAUCGCACGCCUCCUUCCGCGACCUCAAGCUCGACCUGUCCAUCUUCUCCAUCAAGAACUCCGCCAAGAAGCCGUUCAUGGACGAGACGUUCGACGCCUUCAUGGACCCGCUGGAAACGUACGUUGGCGGCGCGAUGGUGUUUGCGCAGGAGUCGCUGAAGCGCUUCUUCGCCGAUCAUGGCGAGGCGUCGCUGGCGGACGGGGGCGGGAAGAAGGGCACGCUGAUUUUCACGGGCACGCUGGGCGCGCUAAGGUGCAAUGCCGAGUACGGGAGUUACGGCGCGAGUCGCGCGAGUGUGCGGCAGUUGGCGCAGGCGCUGUCGAGGGAGAUGAGCGCGCGGGGUGUGCAGGUCGUGCACGCCGUGGCCAAUGGGCGGAUUGUGGAUGAGGAGAGCGAGGAGGUGACCAAGGGGUCGCGCAUCGCGGCCGAGGCGGUGGGCAAGACUUAGUGAGUUUCCUCUUCUUCCGCUGUGGACACACGAAUUGGACCUCCGGCCGGCUCAGGAGAAAUUUUAAGGGCCCUCCUCUCGCAGAAUAUACGGAAAAUAUGGGUCUCCAUUCAGCGGCAUCCAGUAACGAGAUUUGGCUUCGUUGUGCCCUUCAAGAACAGCUGGCAACCUUGUUGGAAGUGUGUGCAGUGAUUUGCGAUCCCGGCCGAGGCGUGGCCGGUGAGACAGAUGGCAUAUAAUAAAAGUGCAACUCACUACAGAUACCACCCUUCAAUACCGAAAUAUAAAACA